AUGGCUCGUAGCUUUAACAUUAGUGUUCCCGCCUCGUCGGCCAAUAUUGGUCCCGGAUACGAUGUCCUUGGUAUUGGUCUAGCCCUGUAUUUGACACUGGCUGUUGAGAUCAACGCCAAAAACGCAGGUGAGACCAAUGACGACCCAAACAACUGCAAAAUUACUUACACAGAGGAUAGCGAGGGCUACGGAAAUGUGCCACUGAAAUCUGACGAAAAUUUGAUCACUAGAACCGCGUUGUACGUGCUAAGGUGUAACGGCAACAGAUCUUUCCCAUCAGGCACGAAGGUUCACAUUCACAACCCAAUUCCUCUGGGCCGUGGUUUGGGGUCUUCGGGAGCCGCAGUAGUGGCCGGUGUGAUGCUAGGAAACGAAGUGGGCCAGCUAGGCUUCUCCAAGCAACGUAUGCUCGACUACUGUCUGAUGAUUGAGCGUCAUCCAGAUAACAUCACGGCCGCUAUGAUGGGUGGAUUUGUCGGUUCGUUUUUGAGAGAUUUGACCCCUGCUGAAAUGGAGAGACGCGAAAUUCCACUCAGCGAGGUCUUGGGCGAGCCCAGCGGUGGCGAAGACACAGGCUUGGUACCACCAAGUCCCCCCACUGACAUUGGUCGCCAUGUGCGCUACAACUGGAACAAGGUCAUUAAGUGCAUUGCCAUCAUUCCAAAUUUUGAGGUCUCUACCGCUGACUCGAGAGGUGUGUUGCCCCAGGCUUACACUGCUAAGGACUUGGUGUUCAACCUGCAGAGACUUGCCGUCUUGACCACCGCGUUGACUCACUCUCCUCCAAACCCAGAUUUGAUCUACCCAGCAAUGCAGGACCGUGUUCAUCAGCCUUACAGAAAGACUUUGAUCCCAGGACUAACGGAGAUCCUGUCGAGCGUCACGCCAUCUACCUACCCAGGCUUGUUGGGAAUCUGUCUCUCGGGUGCCGGUCCAACCAUCUUGGCUUUGGCCGUGAACAAUUUUGAGGACAUCGCUUUGGAAAUCAUCAACAGAUUUGCGAAGAAAAAGAUCGGUUGCAGCUGGAAGUUGUUGGAUCUGGCAUACGACGGUGCUCAAGUGUCUAGCAAUGAGGAGACGGGUAAAGAGUUUACUGAAACCAUCUGA